UCGGUUUAACUGACCGUACAAGGUAUAUACUAAUAUUAUAACAAAAUUAUUAAACGCGCAGCGACGGUCGAUAUCAUUUUUAUAAUAUAUUAAAAUAACACAAAAAGUGCAUGUAUACCUAAGAAACUAUCCAUUUGACUCAGUGAAUUUGUAAAGUUCUUCCUUUUCUUUUUGAAAAUUUUUUGUUUUGUUAAAUUUUCACUUAAAAAACGUGUCGUAUUCGAUCAAAUGUCGGUCUAUUUUUGUACGAAUAACUGUUGUUAAACUAAAUUUGUGAACUCGUUUAUUACUGCAAGUUAGGUUACCUAUUACUUGCGAUGGCAAACAAUCGAAAAUUGGUAAAAUUGUUAUUGGUGGUCAAUAUUGUGUACAUUUGUAUCGAUUUUACAUCGACGAGGUCGCCGGGUCUUCAUCAAAAUAAAAAAUUGCCGAACAAAGCAGAAGAAGUCCAAUCAGUUGAAACUAAAGUAGCACCUGAAGUAUCGGAUGCAGGAGAGAAUAACGAUGAUCCAAAUGAUGCACCGCCGGAAAACGGCAGAUUAAACAUGAAACGACGACCCAACGGCUGCCCGUUUUGCGAUUCUAGUGUAUACAGUUAUUGCUCCGAUAAAUUAUUGCAUGAUGCCUGUUGUUGCUUGGAUCCGCAUGAUACAGAUUUACCAAAUGAAUGUCAAUUCGCGGAUUGUAGUUUUCUUCACUCAAAUACUUGCCGAGAACACCGUCUGAUUACUGCUUGUUGUUGUAAUCAGUUCCUCGCACAUAAAAAGUAAACUAAUUAUAACUAUACAUUGUUACAGAUAUAUGUAUAUUGUUGAACUAAAUCAGUCAACAAACAAAUCAACUUUUUACGAGUACAAUUUUUAAAUAUAUUUAAUAAAUGGUAAAAAUUAAAAACUGCAUUGAUGUUAAGAACCAAUAAUCUUUAUA